UGCGCCGCGCUGUGCGCCUCCCCGUGCGCCCGCGGCGCCCCCCAGCCCGGCCCGGCGCCCGCCGCCUGCCCGGCCCCCUGCCACUGCCAGGAGGACGGCAUCAUGCUGUCGGCCGACUGCUCGGAGCUCGGGCUCUCCGCCGUGCCGGGGGACCUGGACCCCCUGACGGCUUACCUAGACCUGAGCAUGAACAACCUCACGGAGCUGCAGCCUGGCCUCUUCCAUCACCUGCGCUUCCUGGAGGAGCUGCGUCUCUCAGGGAACCAUCUCUCACACAUCCCAGGACAAGCAUUCUCUGGCCUCUACAGCCUGAAAAUUCUGAUGCUGCAGAACAACCAGCUGGGAGGAAUCCCCGCGGAGGCGCUGUGGGAGCUGCCGAGCCUUCAGUCUCUGCGCCUAGAUGCCAACCUCAUCUCCCUGGUCCCGGAGAGGAGCUUUGAGGGGCUGUCUUCCCUCCGCCACCUGUGGCUGGACGACAAUGCACUCACCGAGAUCCCUGUCAGGGCCCUCAACAACCUCCCUGCCCUGCAGGCCAUGACCCUGGCCCUCAACCGCAUCAGCCACAUCCCUGACUACGCCUUCCAGAACCUCACCAGCCUUGUGGUGCUGCAUCUUCAUAACAACCACAUCCAGCAUCUGGGGACCCACAGCUUCGACGGGCUGCACAAUCUGGAGACGCUAGACCUGAAUUAUAAUGAGCUGCAGGAGUUCCCUGUCGCCAUCCGGACGCUGGGCAGACUGCAGGAACUGGGGUUCCAUAACAACAACAUCAAGGCCAUCCCAGAAAAGGCCUUCAUGGGGAACCCUCUGCUGCAGACAAUACAUUUUUAUGAUAACCCGAUCCAGUUUGUGGGAAGGUCAGCAUUCCAGUACCUGCCUAAACUGCACACACUAUCCCUGAAUGGUGCCACGGACAUCCAGGAGUUCCCAGAUCUCAAAGGGACCACCAGCCUGGAGAUCCUGACCCUGACCCGCGCAGGCAUCCGGCUGCUCCCACCAGGGAUGUGCCAACAGCUACCCAGGCUCCGUGCCCUGGAAUUGUCUCAUAAUCAAAUCGAGGAGCUGCCCAGCCUGCACAGGUGUCAGAAACUAGAGGAAAUCGGCCUCCAACACAACCGCAUCUGGGAAAUUGGAGCUGACACCUUCAGCCAGCUGAGCUCCCUGCGAGCCCUGGACCUGAGCUGGAACGCCAUCCGGUCUAUCCACCCUGAGGCCUUUGUGACCCUGCGCUCGCUAGUCAAGCUGGACCUGACAGACAACCAGCUGGCCGCACUGCCCCUGGCUGGACUUGGGGGCCUGAUGCAUCUCAAGCUCAAAGGGAACCUGGCUCUAUCCCAGGCCUUCUCCAAGGACAGUUUCCCAAAACUGAGGAUCCUGGAGGUGCCCUAUGCUUACCAGUGCUGUGCCUAUGGCGUCUGUGCCAGCUUCUUCAAGGACUCGGGGCAGUGGGAGGCUGAGGACGUUCACCUUGAUGAGGAGGACACUCUGAAGAGGCCCCCGGGCCUUCUUGCUGGACAAGCUGAGAACCACUAUGACCUGGAUCUGGACGAGCUCCAGCUGGAGAUGGAGGAUGCAAAGCCACGCCCCAGUGUCCAGUGUAGCCCCAUUCCAGGCCCCUUCAAGCCCUGCGAGCACCUCUUUGAGAGCUGGGGCAUCCGCCUGGCCGUGUGGGCCAUCGUGCUGCUGUCCGUGCUCUGUAACGGGCUCGUGCUGCUGAGCGUCUUUGCUGGCGGGCCCGGCGCCCUGCCCCCGGUCAAGUUUGUCAUAGGUGCGAUUGCGGGCGCCAACACCUUGACUGGCAUUUCCUGUGGCCUCCUAGCCUCCGUCGACGCCCUGACCUUUGGCCAGUUCGCCCAGUAUGGAGCCCGCUGGGAGAUGGGGCUGGGCUGCCAGGCCACAGGCUUCCUGGCCGUCCUCGGGUCCGAGGCGUCCGUGCUGCUGCUCACCCUGGCCGCCGUGCAGUGCAGCGUCUCCGUCUCCUGCGUCCGGGCCUACGGGAAGGCCCCGUCCCUGAGCAGCGUUCGAGCCGGGGCCCUGGGCUGCCUGAUGCUGGCCGGGCUGGCCGCGGCCCUGCCCCUCGCCUCGGUGGGAGAAUACGGGGCGUCCCCGCUCUGCCUGCCCUAUGCCCCACCCGAGGGCCAGCCGGCUGCCCUGGGCUUCGCCGUGGCCCUGGUGAUGAUGAACUCCUUCUGCUUCCUGGUCGUGGCUGGGGCCUACAUCAAACUCUACUGCGACCUGCCGAGGGGUGACUUCGAGGCCGCGUGGGACUGUGCCAUGGUGAGGCACGUGGCCUGGCUCAUCUUUGCGGAUGGGCUCCUCUACUGUCCCGUGGCCUUCCUCAGCUUCGCCUCCAUGCUGGGCCUCUUUCCUGUCACCCCGGAGGCCGUCAAGUCCGUCCUUCUGGUGGUACUACCCCUGCCCGCCUGCCUCAACCCGCUGCUCUACCUGCUCUUCAACCCCCACUUCCGGGAUGACCUGCGGCGGCUCUGGCCCUGCACAGGGACCCCAGGGCCCCUGGCCUAUGCCGCUGCCAGCGAGCUGGAGAAGAGCUCCUGCGAUUCUACCCAGGCCCUGGUGGCCUUCUCUGAUGUGGAUCUCAUUCUGGAAGCUUCUGAGGCGGGGCGGCCCCCUGGGCUGGAGACCUAUGGUUUCCCCUCAGUGACCCUCAUCUCCUGUCAGCAGCCGGGGGGCCCCAGGUUGGAGGGCAGCCAUUUUGUAGAGCCAGAGAGCACCCACUUUGGGAACCCACCACCCUCCAUGGAUGGAGAACUGCUGCUCAGGGCAGAGGGAGCCAUGUCAGCAGGUGGGGGCCUGUCCGUGGGCAGGGCCUUCCAGCCCUCUGGCUCCACCUUUGCCUCACACUUAUAAAUGUCCCUCCUCACUCUUUUUUCCCAUCUCUUCCCUCCCCUCUCCUCCCUCCCCUCUCCUCCCACUCCAUGAAUGAUGGCUGCUUGUAAAAUAAAUUCAACCAAAACUCAACAGUGUGAUCCACAGCAGGAUGGCCCAGGACUGGGCUCCACUGGUCUCCUCUCUCCCAUGGCCAUCACCAGCGUGUGCUGCUUGGCCUAGGUUCCCCUUGGCCUUCCUCUGGGCCUCUUCCCCGUCACGUGUGAAGCAGUGGACCAGAGAUCUGGACAUUUGUCUGCCUAAGGGAAAUGAGGGAUGAGGGAAGCACUAAACAAUGAUUGGGGUGGGGGGCUGAGCAGGUCAAGGAUCAGGGUACAAUGGGCAGGGGGACCUCACAGGGAAAGACCUGUAAUGGCACUGCCAAAGGCAUUUGGGCAUCUGCCCUUUGACUCACGGAUUGGACACAAAAUGUGUUCUGUGUCCUGUUAAUCUCGAGAUAUGCCAUGAAGAAGACUCUGUUAAAAUUAGUUUUAGAAUAUGCUACAGAUUCUGUCCCUUUCUUAGAGGUUCACGGUGCAUGUUGGUGUAGUAAAGGCCGCAAGAAUUCCCGCAGCAGUAAAGUCUGUUGAACUUUGUUUAACCCACUUCCCCAAAUUAUUUGACAACAGGUUUUCGUUUGGUUGGUUAUCAUGGGCUGUCUGUUAACAUCUCACAGAAUGUAACACUGCUCUCUCCCAGGGCCCUCACCUCUCCACCACCUCGUGCUACCCAGUGACAUCACAAGGUGCCACCGAUCCUAGAAAACCCUGAUCGUAGCAGUUUCACCUGGGGUAAAGUUGAUGAUUCCAUCAACCAGAGAAGACUCUCCAGUCUCUGCUUUCCCAUCCCUCUUGUUCUGCCCUGGGAAGGAUGGGGAAGAGGCCACCUUUGUGGUUCCAGCCUCGGCCCCCCACAUUGGGGCAGGGGUUAGGGGAUCCCACGUGGGUCCCACCUCUUCCCCAAGCCCAACCACCGAUGAAACUUCUGCCCUCAGUAAGAGAGAGCAUCCCCGGAUCCUGGCGGGGUACGCACAGGGAAGUCUAUGGCUGCCUGGCUUCCUUCUGGCUCUGAGUUGCCUUCCUGUGGUUCUCCACCGUAUGCCUCUUGCCAACUCCUGCCGCAAGCCUUUCUUUCUUUGCAAGUUCUUUCUUUGCAUCCCAGGUCCUGCCUUCUCUGUGGGACAGGGAGCUCCUGGCCAGCAAACUGGGGGGAUAUUUGCAUUGUAUGUAUUGUUUUGUAGGAAGCAUUAUAGGAAUCUGGGAUCCCUGGGGGCCCCAAAGAAGCAUGACGCUUCUGCCUCUCCGGUCAUAACCUUCCUACCUUAUGGGUUACUAAGUGCCUCUGAGCAUUCUAGCGCUCCCCACCCGAAGUACACACGCAUUCUAUCUCAGGUUGAGGAGGUGAGAGCUAGGACGUUCUUAAAGACACAAGAAGGGAAUCCAAGGCACAGAAAAGGGGCUCUACUACUAAGACAACUCUGAGAAGGUCCUUCCUAGCCUGCAGUUUAGCUUCUCUUCUGCCUCCCCGCUGCCCCCGGUGCCCAGUGCAAAUUCUGACGCAAGUCCCCGAGGCUGCCUAGGCUGCGGUGGAGGGCUGAGGCAGAGACCGUGAGUGGAACUUGGCACAUUUCUAAAUUGCAUUUGACCAGCUAAGUUGCCUGGACUCUUACUGGCUCUGAAGCUAAAUGUGCCGACCUUGUAAUCACAGAAGGACCGUAGGGUCCUAGCACAGGGUUCGCCUCGGAGGAGGCGCUCACUAGAUGAUGGGGAAUUCAGUUAUCAAUUGGUUGUGUCCCAGGGCCGAUCAAGAGCCUUUCAUGGAAGGAGUUUGCUCUGCUUCGGGUACUGGGAGCUGGUGACUGUCAUGGGGAGAGUUCUCCGAGGUGCCCCAGGGAUGACAAAGUUGGUGUGAUUUUUGGGAGGCUUGACUUCUAGGAAGUCACCAGGGCCCCUCCUCACAGCUACCCCCACCCCAUGUGAUCCCUUUCCCCCUUGGAGCCAGGGAGCCAGUGUUGAGUGGAAUGUGGAGUGAAGUGGCCAAGUGUUGGAGGUCCAGGACUCAUGGGAACAGUCCCCUACAGGUGGCCUCUUCUGUGAAAAGGGUGCCAGUGUUCUUUGGCUGCAAGCUCUAGGGUGGCACCGCUGUCAUCUCAUCAUUUACUCCUACAGACCUGGGCAUUUGCCAAGUCUGGCCCUUCUGGACAGAGGAGAGGUGUGGAGGAAGGGAGUGGAGGUGUUUGCCACGAACUGUUUUCAUUAUUCAGAAAACCUAGUUGAUGUACAUUUACCCAAAAUAAGGUGGUGAAGUAGUUUCUUUGUUUCUGACUGACUUUCUAGCAAGUCUUUUGGUUAUCUCCAUUAGAAUCAGUAGAAGGUUAUGACAGUUUUGUACGUCUUUGAUGAAACACAAAAGCAAAAACCAAAUAAUGCAAUGCAUGUGAAAUCUUCCAAAAUGGUGCCCAUGGGGACGAAUCCAUCCAAAGGGCCGUGGUGGUAGAAACGUUGGGAACUGCUGACCUGGGAUGUGCUGCCCUGGCCUCCAUGUGUUGUGCCUUGGCAAACAGUGCCAACCACAGUCUCCUCUCAGAACAGCUUGUGGAAGAGAACUUUCUAUAGUGGACCAUGGUUUUUAAAGCACCGCUGUACACAUCAAGAGGAAACUCCUUAAUUCAGUGCUGAGAUUUGAAGACUAUGGCUUAACAGAGCCUCUGGUUGGGCCAUCUCUUUGCCUUCCUCUCCCCACCUCUUGUUCCUCAACCUCCUUCCCAACUUUCCUUUUCCAGGAAGAAUAAAAGGUUUAAGGAUUGAGGGAGGGGAAGGAGGAAAAGUUGCCAACAAUUGGUUGGGCCUGAAUAAAGUGAGGAUGAUGGGAAAUAGCUAGAAUCCUUGAUCUUUUCUGGCACCAUCUCCUCUAACUACCUCUGCUCUGGUGUAGCAAGUUCUCCCACCCACCCUGUAUCCCCUCUAUCACUUCUGGGUUCCAGGCCCAUGCCCUCUCCAGCUGUGUGAAGUGUAAGAAU